UGGUAUCACUACUAUACAAAGUGUUAACAUCUAGUAGUGAAAGUUUUCCAUUCGUCGUGGAAAAAUCAUCAAUCAAACCAUUGUUGGUGCUAGCCUCUUCUAGAGUGAGAGGAUAUAACCACAUUGAACAGAAGAAGAAGAAUCAAACCAUUGACAUCAUUUACGAAGGGUCAUUCGUCGCUGAAGUUACACGGUUCUGCUCAAUAAAGAUUCCCCACAAUCUUGAGUAAAGGCGAAUUUUGACGUGCGAGUCUCAUUAUCAAAUUUGAACGAGUGAUGGAGGAGUGGUACCAUUUCCGUGUUCCGGAUCAGCAAAAUACGUACAGAGAAUGGCGUCAAAUAGCAAGUUUGCCAUUGAAAGAUCGCAAUAAUGUUACUAUUUGGGUGCGUUUAGGCUCUUCUGCGAAUGAUCCGUCAAGAAGAAAAUUGAGCUUAUCAAUUCGAAAAGCCGUUACCGUCGAAAUUAUGGCUGAUAUAUCUAUUGUAAUUCCCUGCACCGCUUCUAUUAGCUUUGAUGAUAUAACAAUUGAAAAGGAAUCAUUCCGUUGGACGGAUGCUUGCGACUUCGAAGAUCUAGAAAUUAGACGCGACCUUUCAUUUGUUGCAACUUGCAAGAUCAAGUACAUUGAUGCAAUAGCAACCCCAGCGUUACCAUCAUCUUCGACAUCUUUUUCCAAUAACGAGUUUCAACCCUUCCUACUACAAUCAACAUUUAGUGAUGCCAGAAUCAUCAUUAGUGGAGAAGAAUUGCCUGUGCAUAAAGUCAUUCUCGCGGCGCAUAGUCCGGUAUUUUUAAGUAUGUUCGAGAGUGAAAUGAAAGAAGGAACGAAUAAUGAAGUCGUGAUUUCAGAUGUCAAACUUGAUGUCAUGAAAAAUGUUUUAUCAUAUCUGUAUACUGGUAGCGAUCAAGCUCUGAACGACGUGGAUAUGGCUAUGAAAAUGUUGAUUGUUGCCGAGAAAUAUAACAUGGAGAAAUUGAAGACCUUGUGUGAACGGAAAUUGUUCCGGCAUCUGACAAUAUCUAAUGCAUUACAAAUGCUUAAUUUUGCGACUAUACAUAAUGCUCAAAACCUGGUGGAAAAAGUUUGGACUUUUGUUCUAAAACAUAAAGAAAAAGUAGUGCUGGAACCGUAUUUGGAAACAUUGUGCUUGGAAAACCCGGGACUCAUGUGUCUUUUCACUAAAGCUGCUAUUAAUGGAUAGAAUCACAGUACUCUGAAUGGGUCUUGGAGCUGAAUGUAACGUAACAUGUGAGAUUUCUCUCUUCGAGAUAUUUGCGAAGGAGUAUGUGAAUUUUUCAUUUUCUGAUAUCAUUUUUGAACAUAUGAAAAAAAUUAUACCGUUUAUGGUAGGCUAUUUUUUCAGUUUGAAGUUAUUAGUGACAGAUUGAUUUCACGAUGCAAGGGAAAGAAGUUUAUGUAAUGACUCCGAAAAUGAAAAUUGGAAUUUCUGUGAUUUAUUUACGUUCCAUGACCGCUAAAAUCAUCUUGAUACGUUUUAGAGGACAUGUUCGUAUGCGUGUGAAUAUGUACGUAUGUGGUAAGAUAUUAUCCAAUGAUAUCGCCUAGACAAAUGGAGCGAUUUUUACAAUCGAUACAUCUUUAUAUAACUUACCACUGGUUAUUUUGUAAAUACCAUUGCCUCUGCAACAUGAUACUUGUGAAAAGAUCUUGAUUUUUCUUUGUGGAAUCAACGAUGUUACCUGGAAAAAUGUCAAGGUAUCUUUAUAUAACUUGAGUCUGAUUAAGCAUAGAGUUGUCCAGUUAUUUGGAGGAAAUUUUGAGGGCUUACCAUUUUUUUCAUAAACAGGAAUGAAGGAAUUGUCCAGGAAGUUGUUGUUGAACUGUAAUGGAUCAUACCUUCGACCCAUCCUUUGACCAACGCGAGUGCCAACAGAACACCCCAAAGUCAAUAUAUUUUGAAUUUCUGUUCGAAUUUUUUUCUUGAGAUGUUUUCUAUUAGAAUUAUUAUUGGGAACAAAUUUUCUGAGCUUUUUCCACUGGAUUUUGUUGUUUUAUAUUACCAAAUCCGAGUGGAAAAAACUUGUUUUAUGUACAGUUGUUCCCUUAGACUUUUCAUAAUUCUAUACACAGCCAUAGAUUAGAUUUAGUCAUAUAUUAUUUCAGUAUGGAAGUAUGAACAAUUCAAAUUAACAUAUCUUAUUAAACAUUGAAUUAUCUCCAUAAUGAGUGCUUUUAAAGGAAAAAAUCAAAAUCACUUUUUUAAGAAAAUGAAAUUUCUCACAAGAAAUAAUACUGAUAAUACUAAUAAUAAUAAUACUCUUCAAGUUACUCAUUGGUGAGAUCUCAUCCGUAAUCAUCUCAGCCCCCUCAAUAUUCUCAGUAGUGUCCUCCAUGCUCAUAAUAACGUCAGCAGCCUCCGAAGCCUCCCUGGAGGUCUCCUCGUACUCCUGCUGGUACUCCUGCGCAUACUUCCCUUCAAUCUCUUGAGCCUCAAACUUGACAAUCUGCUCUCCAGUAUCAAACUCCUCGCCCUCCUCGAACUCCUCCUCACCAAGUUCUCCCUCGAUCUCAUACUGCUCCUGAUCCAUCUCCAGUUCAAUCUCCUGCUCCUGCUCUUCCGAAGUGUCUUCCUCCCCCUCGGCCUCCCUCACGCCCUUCUUCUCAUUACUCCCACACAAAAGAUAUAUUUAAAUUAUAAAUAAUGAUGAAACUAAUUUUCAUCAUCCUCCCUCCGCCCCACGGGUUCUUCCUCACUGCUGGCUUCAUCAGUUUCCUGCCUUUCUUCUUCACUAUCCUCAUCGUCGAUGGGGAACUCCCCCCGUUGCUUAUACUUUUUUCGGAUAUCAUGAAAUGUCUCCCCACACCAUGUUGAAACCGACAAACGCCAUGUGCUGGGGCAAUUACGCCGACUUAGUGGUUGCAACUCCAAGGAUUGGACCAAAAGACCUGAAAUAAUAAAAAGCAGAUCAAAAUUAUUGCGAUAUCGCGACAAAUGUUUAUAUCAAAUCAACUCUCAAUCCAAAGGUGAAUCCAGAAUUUAGAUAACAUUGGUCGGUGUACCCGAGGGCUCCCUCUCCCUGGCUGGUAAAAUGGCCCUCGAAUCACCUUUAUAAUGGCCGGAAAGACCCAUUCUUAUUUACUAAACUUAUUUAAUCAUGAAGCAGUCAACUCUCGGAUUUACACUAAACCUAGUUCAUCCUAGAGUUAUCCAUUUCACUGUUAAAUGAACUGUACUGUAUUUCUUCAAGCGAGGGUCGAAUGGUGGGGACUUCGAAAUAUUGUGACCGUGAUUCAAGAACCGGCUUACUGGCCAAGGGGAUACCUAUUGUCCGCUAAAGAACAUUAUCGGAACACUGACUGACUCUCUGAAAAAUUCUACUAAAAAUUGGUUUAGUUGAUCUUUGAAUACUCACCUCUGAUCCGCUCCAGCUCCUCUGGUUGCACUCGCACACUGCCCUCGGGUGCAUUCCUAGGCAACCGGACGUACCUUUUAAGGCGUUCUGCCGGCGUCCAUAUCCCCCUCACCACCCUCUUGCAACGUUGUUUUAUCGUUGCUGCUCGCAAGAUGCUCGCAACAACUCUUCUAGGAAGCCCCCAAUCGUCAUCUACCUGAUCCUCCUCCACAUCCGGAUCCCUACGUGAGUGAUCAGGCUGUGGUGGUACUGCCCCUCGAUCAGGUCCUUCUUGGAUCUCCCUGAUCCUUUGCCAGUUAGCCUCAACAGCUCUGUUGACGCUAGCCUCAACAGUUCUGCUGAUGUUUUCCGCAACAGCCCUGUUGAUGUUAGCCUCCACAGCUCUGUUGAUACUAGCCUCGACAGUCCGACUGAUACUAGCCUCAACAGUCCUAUUGACGCUAGCCUCAACAGCUCUGUUGAUACUAGCCUCCAUAGCCCUGUUGAAGUUAGCCUCCACAGCCCUGUUGAUACUAGCCUCGACAGUCCUAUUGACGCUAGCCUCAACAGCUCUGUUGAUACUAGCCUCCAUAGCCCUGUUGAAGUUAGCCUCCACAGCCCUGUUGAUACUAGCCUCGACAGUCCUAUUGACGCUAGCCUCAACAGCUCUGUUGAUACUAGCCUCCAUAGCCCUGUUGAAGUUAGCCUCCACAGCCCUGUUGAUACUAGCCUCGACAGUCCUAUUGACGCUAGCCUCAACAGCUCUGUUGAUACUAGCCUCCAUAGCCCUGUUGACGUUAGCCUCCACAGCUCUGUUGACAUUAGCCUCGACAGUCCGGAUGAUAGUAGCCUCAACAGUCCUAUUGAUGCUAGCCUCAAGCGCCUUGAAACUAGCCUCCAUAGCCCUGUUGACGCUAACUUCCACGGCUCUACUGACACUAGCCUCAACAAUUUUGCUGAGGUUAGCCUCAAUAGCUGUGUUAACACUAGCCUCAACAGGCUGUGUAAUAUCGUCGCUAGUGAAGCUGCUCUUAGUUGGCUGCACUCCACUAGUCGACGCAGUCGGCAUUUGGCAGGGAAGGAGAUGCUCCUAUUCAUUUUCAAACAAAUAAAAUGAUGUUGAAAAAAUUUCAUAGAAAAACUUUCGCAAGUUUGAUUGCAUUUCAUUGGACUUCUACUCGGCUUCUAUUAAAUCUUAUAAUUCAUAAUUCCAAAGCUCUACUUCGCGUUUUGUUUUAUAUAGAAAAUGUCCAAUAGAGAUUAUGCCAUAUACAAAAUCAAUAGAAUUUGAUACGUUUUCUACAGGAAUAAUACAUUGGAUAAUAUUAGAAACUGCAGUGAAUAUAUCUAAUAAAUAUGAGAAGUUGUAGUGAUGGCGAGAUGCAAUUGCUACUUACCUCUGUUUUCUUCAUUCCUCCAGCGCGUUUAGAAGGAUCCAAAGAGAUCUUUGGCACAGGGGCAUCGUUUCCUUGGAUCCAUUUUUCGGCUGUGUUGUUCGCUAUACAACCUGGGGUUGGGGGGAAAAUGUCCGCAUGGAAUUGGUGAUACGUCUGCAAUGGGAGAAUGAAGGGAAUUAAUGUAAGAAUCCAUUGAAUAAUGAAGGGCAUUGUUCAAACAAACAACUCAAACUUUGAAAUUACGUCAAAUUGAUUCAAAAGAGAGUAAGUUGAACCGAAUCGUCUUAAAUAACCGGUAUUUUCUGACUAAAUUUUCAUACGGAAGUCUGAGAAAAUGAAUUGAUAAUGAAAAAGAGUUGUCCGGUGGCUUGGCGCAAUCGAUAAGUUCGUUGCCUCAUAUGCGAAAGGUUGAGUUCAAAUCCCGGCCGGGUAGAAUGGUGCGAACUAACCAUUUAAAGUUUUGAUCAUUAUCGCAGUAUUACCUAACCGGGUCGAAGCGAUGUAAAAUAACGAUAAAAAAAAUGAAAAAGAGUUAUUGACGAUCAGAAAUCUCUCUCUUGAAUAAUUUAAGAGAAGUAAAAUCGAUGAAUGUUCAAUUAGAAGAUGAUUAUUUCAUACCUUUCUCAGCACUUGAUAGGUGAUAGGGAUCACCAUAUUUGAGGUCAAUUGUAAAAUGCGAUUGACCUCACCGCGCAUCACAUCAAGUGCGAGUUUCGGAACCAAGGAGACACUUAUCGACUGAUUGCCUGUGUGGUGUAUGCCCUCGAUCAAGAACGGAUCUGUUUCGGCUACCACCAUGGAGCGAACGGUGACAUCUCCCUUGCCAGCAAGAAACAACAUAGAGGUAUCUGGGUCAAACAACGGUAUUAGAACCCCAGGGCUCGCCUCUAGCUCUAAACUAUAGGUGGGAUAGGUAAAGUUUCUCACGUCCCUUAUGUAUAUUUGACGCAUGCUCUCAUUGUUGAAGCCAGUCGUGAGGAUGCUGUAAGUACUGCCCAGCCAGACAAUGCGGGAGUCUUUAGGAUUUGGAUGGCUUGAACAGGAAUUCACUACUGGCUGCGGCACUCGUACGUCAAAAAUACGGACGCACCUGUCCCUGCUCGAGGUGGCUACGAGGGACCCAUCAGUCUUCCAGCUAAAUGACUGAACCAGUUUACUAUGUUCGUCAUUUGCUGUAAAACAGAUAAUAUUUGAUUCACCAUACUCGAUUCAAUAUUAAAUUAUAAAUUUUCUUCAUUUAUUUACUGAAUAGAAUACAGUUUCAGUCCCUUCAAUACGGCGUACAUGUCAUAUAUACCCGAGCGAAAAAGCAUAACACUUAAAAUGCCAUGGGAGGGGGUGUAACGCCACGCUACAUACACAUUUAUACAUUAGUACGCGGACACGACAACGUGCGUAGUUGAGACGAUAGGACAUCAGUGACAUCAUCACUCCCUGUCACGUGCGAAUAAAAUGUAUACUUCUCUCUCGCACCUGUUGUAACGCGUAUCCGAAUUCUCGCCGUUUGCGAAUAUUAUAUUCAGUCUGGCGCUAACCGCCUAUUACUCUACAAGUCAACCACCUGACUUGCUCUCUACUUUUGUAUAUAUAUUUCUAGACGUGAUUGAAUAAACGACAAUUAAGCCAACUAA